AUGAUCCUGAGGGCACGGCUGGAGCGGCUCAGUUUCAGCCCCUGGGGUGUAAGCAUGACUGCGCAGCUUUAUAUAGCUCUGCGGGCCCUAUAUAAGCAGGAGGUGCCCUGGCCAGCGGGAGCACGGAGAGCACUGAGGUGGCUGUGCUGGAGAUCAUCAUCGGCCGGAAGAGCCUGCACGCCACUCUGGUCUGGGCACCUUCCUCCCCCAAGCAGUAGGGUCCCCACAGGGGUGGCCCACACCAUAGCUGCCAGGAUGCCCAGCAGAACAGUCCGCUAUGCCCGCUACAGCCCGAGGCAGCGGCGCCGGAGGCUACUGGCUGAACGCAGUGUGCGCUUCCCUAACGAUGUCCUGUUCUUGGACCACAUCCGCCAGGGCGACCUGGAGCAGGUGGGGCGCUUCAUCCGGGCUCGGAAAGUCGCCCUGGACACCAUCCACCCCUCAGGUCUGGCUGCCCUUCACGAAGCAGUGCUUUCUGGAAACCUGGAGUGCGUGAAGCUGCUAGUCAAAUACGGGGCGGACAUUCAUCAGCGAGAUGAGACAGGCUGGACACCACUGCACAUCGCUUGCAGCGAUGGGUACCCUGACAUAGCCAGGUACCUCAUUUCCCUGGGGGCAGACAGAGAAGCAGCCAACGACGAUGGUGAUCUGCCCUCGGACCUCAUUGACCCUGACUUCAAGGACUUGGUGGAGUUAUUCAAAGGGACUAAGAUGGACUGA